AUGGGCUUCCCGGAUGCCGGGUCCUCCGGGCACUCGGGGGCGCGGAGCAGCGCGUGUCCUCCUCGAGAAAGUCCCAGCCGCGGAAGGCGAGACCGAAAUCCAAAAUCCGAGUGGCGCUCCGAGCAACAGCCGCCGCCGCCGCUCCGAGGAUCUGGGGGUGAAACGGAAGCGGGAGCGCGAAGUCUGCGCCUCGUGGCCGGGGUCCCGGGGCGGGCGGGCGACGGGGCGGCUAGGGCCGCGGCCCCCGGGGAGGGCGUGGUGAGUGGGGGCGGAGUUGGGGCUGGGGCGGGGCUCCCGCACCUCGGUGACGUGGCCGGGUGGCUGCUGCCGGGGACCCGCGAGCCCACCCCCCGGCCCCAGGCAGAACCCGUUUCCCCGAGGCGCGCCCGCCCGAGCCGUGACGUGACGCGGCGUCCCCGGCUGCGCCCGCGCGCGCUCGGGGAUGCGGUGAGUCAGCAGCUCGGGCGCGCCCUCUGCCGAGCCCGCCUGGGAGCGCCGCCCGGAGUCCCGGGGAGGGGGCGCCGCGCUGCCCCUGGCAGGGGAGGAGGACGACGGGGCUGCGCGCGGGGGAGGAAUCCCGAUCAGGGACGAAAGACUAGUCGAGAGACUGGGACCGCGUGGCUGGGAAACGCAGGCCGGAAUGGCAACCAGUUCAAGGUCCCGCCCCUUACUCACCGUGCACGGCCGGUCCUGCGUCUCAAGUGCUGCGAGUACCCUCGUCCGGGACUGAAUGCGCGCUGGCCGGGCCGGUCUGGGCCAAGCGGGCGGCCCCCAGCCUUUAUCCGCGCCGCCUUCCCUCGGGGUGGAGUUUGGGCGGGCAGGGGGGCGGGGGGCCGGGCGGGCGGUGACGCAGACUGGCCCCCGCCCCUGCCUGCCGGCCCGGGCCCUGGGGCGCCUUGGCGGCUGGGCCACCCCGUACCCAGGCUUGGCGCAGUUCAUGGGGGGACGCCCCUUGAAUGCCCCGAUACAGGGGUCUCGGCCUGCCUUGCCACGGGCUCGGAUGCACCCCGAAUCGUCACCGGGACAGGGUUUCGGGGUGUACAGUGCGACUCCCUGCCCCGCCCCCUUCCUGCCGCCCCAGGCCUGGUGCUUCCGCCUGGGGGCGCCCGCGUAGGGGGGACGGGAAGAGGGGCCUGAGUCAGCGGCCGUCGUCCAGGAAAACAGGCUGGAGUCACCUGCCGUGGAGUGGGGGUGCCCUGGCCAGCCCUGGCCUCCUGCAUCUGUCAAUGGUGACCUCAGAGGGCAUUUAUGGAGCGAUUAGCCAGUGCCAGGCCUGCCUUGUGCCCAGCCAGUCACCAGCCGGCUAUGCCGUGACCUCGGGAGGUAACUGGCCUCUCCCAGCCUCAGCUUCUCCAGGGUGGGUGGGAGUGUGGUGAGGGGAUGCAGCAGGCUCACUCUGGGGUCAUCACCCCCCCAUUAAUGUAGGACAUGCACUGGUUCCCAGCCUCUGGGGUGGGCAUUACCCCAUUUUACAGAUGAAGAAACUGAGGCCACAGCCGAUGAGACAGGAAUGUGGUGUGCAUCUUACCCUUCCCAGUCGGCUUUUUGAGGAUGGCCCUGGUUGAGGUGGGUCCCUGUCUGCCCCUCUAUCCAGAGAAGGGGACCCCGUCCCCACUGGAGCACCUCCUGUCCACUUAUCUGGCUCCUCCCUUUAUCUGGCCUGACCACCUCCACCCCCACCCUGGCCAUGGGCGCUUCUCCCAGGGCUGCGCUCUGCUUCAGGUCUCCUUCCGGCUGCCACCCAUGCUCCCGGCAGCUGUGGCCCCCACCUUGACAGGCACACCCAACCCCGCAGGGUCAGGGCUAGGCCAGAGAGGGAGAGGCUGGGAUAACCCUUGGAAGGGGGUCACCGGGGCUGGGGUUUGAGGAAUGAGUAGCAGUUUGUCACAUAAAAAAGAUGAUGUGGCCAGGUGCGGUGGCCCACGCCUGUAAUCCCAGCACUUUGGGAGGCUGGGGCAGGUGGAUCACGAGCUCAAGAGAUCGAGACCAGCCCGGCUAACAUGGU